ACCACCUCGACCCAUACAUACCACUCACGCCAUGUCAACAGCAUGGGACAAUGCGCGGCGCCACGCCCGCGCGCUCGAAUCCGCGCUCGACACAAAACUGUCCACGUACUCGCGCCUCGCGACCGACAUUGCGACCGGGAGCGGGUCGCGCUCGCCGCACAACGACGACGAGGGGCAGGGCGGGUACCGGCUCGUCGAGGAGGAGAUUGACGAGCUGCUGCAGAAGCUCGAAGCAGCCAUCACCGACCUGACAGGCCUGAUCAACUCGCCGUCCCAGCCCCCCUCGGCGAGCAUGCAGCACGCGGCCCAGCGCCACCGCGAGAACCUCGACGACUACCGCCGCGACUUUGUGCGCGUGCGCAACAACAUUGAGAGCGCCGUCGCGCGGUCCAACCUCCUCGGCUCGGUGCGCCAGGACAUCAACGCGUACAAGGCGGCCCAGAGCAGCCAGACGGACGCGCUGCUCGCCGACCGCACGCGGAUAGACUCGAGCCACCGCAUGAUGGACGACACGUUGAACCAGGCAUACGCGACCCGCGAGGACUUUGCCCAGCAGCGCGGCAUGCUCGCGAGCAUCGACAGCCGCAUGGGCACCGUCGUCGCCCAGAUUCCAGGCAUCAACAGCCUCAUCUCCAUGAUCCGCACGCGCAGACGACGCGACACGUUCAUCCUCGGCGGCGUCACGGCCUUUUGUGUCCUCCUCCUCCUCGGCUACCUCUUUGGAUUCUAGUGCGAGUGUGUGAUGAUAAUGGGAGGGCGAGCCCAUCACAGCGGCUCGUCCCCCGCUCUGUAUGUUGUGAGAUGUGACCUCUGCAUGUUG